CCCCUCCCCUCCUCCCCUGAAUCCCAACUCUCUCUCUCUCUCUCUCUCUCUCUCUCUCUCUCUGAUAUCACAAAACUCCCAAUGUACAGACCAGUCUUGGAGCCUCUCAGAUACCAUACCAACAACCCACAACGGUGCAAAGAGUCCUUAGCUCGUUUGCUCACUCCCCUGACCCUCUGGAUUUGUGUAUCUGUGACUCUAAAGUAUGGGUACUAUGGGAAUCGUCACCUGGUGCUCGGACCUAGCUCAUCUCGAUUGCUCGAGGCAAGCUCUGUUUUUGUGAAGCAAAUCCAAGUGAGGGAUGAGUAUGAGAAAGGGGUUUCUCUCUAUGGGUUUUCUGAGAAACCGGAAUUGAGCCUGUUAAGGAAUUGGAGUGUUUCGACUUAUGUGAUUGUCGCCUCAUACGGUCGAAAGGGAUUUGCCUUGUGGUUGAACAAGGGUUCCACCCUCAGGAUUAGAUGGGAAGCUCAGACUAGUUGCUUGGGUCAACUUGAGGUGUCUAUCAUUAAAGGGGAACGAAAUCUCGAGACAUUGAUACCUACUUCAACAAGUCCCCCUGACGCCCAUGCCCUCUCUGAACCAGUACAUGGCAGAGAAGCUGAAUAUGCAAUUGAAGAAGAUGACAAGUACUAUCUGCGAAUCGUGAACACAAAUCCCAGGAGCAUCAUAAUGGUGGUGAACGUAAACGUUUCGUCGAAGAUUUACGAUACAACUACGGCGGAAAGCAUGUGUUCGACUACGAAUGGUUCGUGUCGGCUAGAUCUUCUUUUUCCUAACACCCAAUUCGUCGCGGUAACUACCCCCAACAACGGGGAGCUUGGGGAGUGGUACAUAGAGCUAUCUUUUGUGGCUCGCGUAGUAACUUAUAUAGCAAUUCUAGGUUUUGUAAUCGUCGUCAUAUUCGUAAUACUAAAGUACCUCGGAGCCUGUGACGGGGAUCACACUCGAGAGGAAGAAACACAAGCGAGACAAGUAACAGAGGCCGAUCCCCUGAUACCCGAGAAGCCAUUUCGGUUGCCAUAUGGGACCGGCGAUGAAGAUGACCUUGAGUCUGGAUCAUCUAGCUCCUCUGAAGAUUUGUAUGACGGGAAGAUUUGUGUUAUUUGUUAUGAAGAGCCCCGGAAUUGCUUCUUUGUUCCUUGCGGCCAUUGCGCCACUUGCUACACCUGUGCUCAGAGGAUCAUGGAUGAGGAGACCAAGGUGUGUCCAAUAUGUAGAAGGCUCAUUCACAAAGUGAGAAAACUGUUGAUUCCCUGAACAGUUUCUCUCAGUCUCGUGAUUUUGUGCCAAUAGAAGUUGUAUGAGUUCAACGGGAUUGCAAAUACAUUGGCAGCUGAAUCACAUAAUUUUUUGCAUUGAAGGAACUUUGUAGUAUUUGAGAAAGGAUUCAUGAGAUUUUACGGUAGAAGUUGUCCAUUUCCUCGGUGGCUUCAGAGCAGGCAAAUUUAUGCAAGGCGAAUAACUUCCAAGUAAAAGUUCGCAAGCCGAUUAGCAUUCCAUUCAGAGUAAGUUGUUCUAUGAACGGCAGUCGAUAUAUUUUAUGGCCCAUGGGUUCAGGUUUUUUUUUUUUCUUCUUUUUCCUGUUAUUUGCGAAACUAGUGUGCUGUGGUCUAUUUGCCUGUAGACAAAACUCCUCUGGGUUUUUUUUCUCUUCCAUUGAGGAAAUUGUUUUAGCUGAACUUAUCAGGUUCACACAAAAGAAAAUUAAACGGUGACAUUUGACCAUUUUUUUAUUGAAUUGUAUUAUUUUGGCUUGGAAA